AGGGUUUAGGGUUCUUAGCAUUUGAAAAUAUGGCUCUCGUUGGGAGCUAUGGCGUCGACGCAUUUGGCGCGGCAAUGUGGAGGGCAAUGGCGCAUCAUCCACGACGCGAUCAGAGAUGGCGCCUCUCUUCGUCUCUCAGCUCUGUGGAUUCACGUCCUCCUCCUUGGUUCAGUGUUGCGCCAAUGAUGGAAUGGACUGACAAUCACUUCCGCGCGCUGGCUAGAAUUCUAAGCCGCUGCUCGUGGCUCUACACUGAGAUGGUUGUCGCGGAGACGAUCGUGCAUCACGAGAAUGAUUUGGAGAGGUGGCUUGAGUUUCCUGCCGCACAGCAUCCAAUUGUCUUACAACUCGGUGGGAGCAAUCUCGCGAAUCUAUCCAAAGCUGCGAAGCUUGUGAGCGCGUUUGGCUACGAUGAGAUCAACUUUAAUUGCGGUUGUCCAAGCAGCAAAGUAGCGGGCCAUGGAUGCUUUGGAGCUCGUCUUAUGCUUUCUCCAAGACUAGUCGGGGAAGCAAUGCAAGCCAUUGCGGAAGAAAGUUCCGCUCCGGUUACUGUUAAGUGUAGGAUAGGCGUCGACGAUUCAGACUCAUAUGACCAACUUUGUAACUUCGUCUCUACAGUUUCAUCACUUUCUCCAACUCGACAUUUUAUCAUACAUGCUCGCAAAGCGUUGCUGGAAGGCCUCAGUCCAGCACAGAACCGUGUUGCUCCUCCCUUGAAAUACGAGUAUGUUCUUGCGUUGAUGAGAGAUUUUCCUGAUCUUCAGUUCACGUUAAACGGUGGCAUUACCACGGUUGAGCAGGUGAACUAUCUCAUAACUGAUAAAGGUGUAAACGGAGUGAUGCUUGGCCGUGCGGCAUAUAACACACCAUGGUGCACCUUGGCUAGAGCGGAUAGUUGUAUUUACGGAAUGCCCGAGAGACGAAUCACACGUCGUCAGGUUUUACGCGAGUAUGAAGAGUACGCAGAGUCCGUCAUUGGAAAGUACGGGAACAACAAGCCAGGAAUCCGGGUUUUAGUGAAGCCGGUCGCCAACUUAUUCCAUGGCGAGAAAGGAUCGUCAAGGUGGAGGCAAGCGAUUGACGAGCAUGUCCGGCACGCAAAGAGUUUUUCCGAGCUGCUGGAGAAGACAAUGGCGGUUCUUCCAUAUUCUGUGCUGGACUCUCCAGUAUCUUAUGAAUUUUCGGCCGAGGAAUCGACAGUGUUGAUAGGCUCGCUACCGCCAUCGCCAUCCAGCACAAGCAAAGUUUUGGUUUCUACGGCAUAGUCCAAGAAGGAUUAUAGAGCAAAAAUUUCUCUA